AUGCGCGUCUUUCUACGAGUAUCGAACUUCGAAGCAAUUGGUCCCUGCCAUAGCAAAAAUCGCAGUCGGGGUAUUUCAACGAGCAUCAUGCUGCGGGCCCCCGAGAAGGGCCGCGUCGAAAAGAAGGGCCGGUUCACGAUCAUCGACCUGCCAUCGGACGUCCCUAGCCCAAGCGCCGCCUUUGGCCACGACACGCCGACGUCGUUGAGCAACGACGACGCCUUUGACGCGGAUGCGCCGCUGCAAAAGACGCGCGUCAAGCAGAAGGGCCGCUUCACGAUCAUCGACUUGAACCCGACCACGCCAUCGCCCGAGCGCAACGCACACAAGACCUUUGAAGACGAGCGCGAGAAGGUGCCCGAGGCCAAGCCGCGCGCUCCGCUCUCGACGCCGUUGACUGUCGACCAAAGCCUAGCACGUAUUGGCGCGCACGCCCAUGCGUGCUGCCACCACCGCGCAUCGCUGGUGCACAAUCAAGCCAACGACAUUGCGCCAUUGUGCACGCUGCCUUUUCCCACCGAAAGCAACUCCCAAGUCAUUGUCAACAGUCCGGUCGUCGUCUUGCCGCUGGCCCAGUACCAGCAGCAGCUGGCGCUCCUCUCGACGCUCCAGCAGGAAAACCGCGAUUUGCACACCAUCACAGCGACGCUCCAAGACCAGCAGCGCCAGCUCUUUGAGCUCCUCCGCUCCUUUCAAAAAGCAUCGCCGCCUUCGCCCAUGCCGUAA